AUGGCCUGUCCAGCACCAUUUCUGGCGCCCGCYGACUUCCCGGCUAACCAAGGCUACAUUCCCGGCCGUUUCUGCGGCACCAUCACAUCAGACCUCGCCUGCUGCUUACCUUGUCCCACACAAGAUUGGCUCUACUCAGACAGUUUUGACAAGAAUGUCAAAAUUGGCACAUGGUUCAACAUCCCAAGUCUGGUAUGCCAGGUCUUCCUGCUCGUCACGUUCGCGAUCUGGCCGAAAGAGACCAGCCAUCGGCACUAUUUGAGCAUCGGACUAUGCAUCUCGCUCAUCCUCCUCCAUCUGGCAUUCAUCAUCCCAUUGGGAACUAAGCCUGAAAUAUGUGCGAAUGCGUUGACUCCCAAGGACAUGUAUUCCAGCCUUGGCUAUUCAUUCGGCCGACUUAUUCUGACAUAUGGUGCAGUUUUGCUGCGCUCUCUUUGGGUACACCUGCAGGUAUGCUGGGAUGUCGACAUCCUCAAGAAGAGAGCGGGAUUUUGGGCGGCCCAAGCGAUCGGGUGGGGUCUUCCAGGCCUGUCUUUCAUCACUUGGUUCGGAUGGCUGAUUGCAUUUGGCUGCCUCGCCACCGCUAUCCAAUUCACAACCACAGUAUUCUGCCUCUGGAUCUACCUCCGAGACCUUUUUGGUGGCGAAUCUUCGACUACGACCAAAAGCUCGGGGGUUGGCAGUAGGAAUAGCACCUACAUCGAAGAGCCUGCAGUCAAGUYGGGUUUCGACGCUGAUGAAUCUGCGCGUGGCACACUGGCGUGGGAGCGUGUCAAGAAGGUCGCGAAAUCCCAGUGGCGGAGCAUGGUACUGUGCAUCGGCUUGAGUGUGUUCUCGAUCUACUUUGGAGCCAUUUUUGUCUCUCAGGCGAGGACUGGCGCGAGGGCGGCAUCAGGCGAGAGUCGCGACCCACUCGUGACAUGGGCUUUCUGCCUAAUUACCAACAACGGCGAUAAGAGCCAAUGUGGUGGCGUUGGCAAGGCCAUUGGCUUGAACGAGAACAUGGUGGUCGCCAUUUGGCCUCUUGCGGGUUUGCUCGGCUUGCUGACUUUUCUACUCAUGUUACGUGGCUCGAUGCUGAACGGAUGGUGGCGACUGAUUCGGUACCAGCGUCGACAGCCCAGAAUCGUUGAGAAUACUGCUCAUGUGAAACGAGACGAGAAGGUCCAAGGAUACGGAGACUUUGCCCUCCCCGAGGAAACCAACGCRACAAAGCGAAAGUCAUAUGGUAUCCGACUCGAAUCGGAGAGACCAGGCAUGGUCAGUCCCACAGACUCGGAGUAUGCAGGAGCUCCAGCCUCCCCUGUGUCACUAGAAGAACCGCAGUGGCCCAUGAGUGCGUACCGGCAACCAAGUACAGAGCGAGUCGGCGCUUACAGGGCUUAUAAUCCAGCGGCGAGACUUGCAUCAGUGCGACAGGUUCCAACGGAUGGUUUCGACAGCUCUAGCGACGAAGACGAAAUAACACCUGUGCAUGAGAGGAGGAGAGACGACCAUAUGGUCUGA